GCCAUUGACAUCUGCAUCUUCAGCGAUCACCUCCCUUGUAGGCUGAUCUACCUAAAGGUGAUUGAACAUGGCGCACACCGCAUAUGUUAUUAUUGUCAUGUCGGGGGUCAUCAUGACCUGCAUGGGCUGGUCUCUGCCACCCAAUAAUAGUCAAAAGCCUGCCGUAAAAUCAUGUCCUUUUAACAUCACCAAUUCAACAGAAAUAAUCAUCUACAUGGGCAAACUCAACACACUGAUCAAGGAAAAUAAGCCGAAAAUUCAAAAGAUAAUUAACGCGAAAGUUGAUGAUAAUGAUGAUGAUGAUAAUGAUGAUGAAUAUGAUACGCCAAGAAAGAAUAACAAGAAACAACAGAAACAAAAAUGUAAAGGAAGACAAAAGUUCUUCAAUUUGAAUGGAAAUUUCUCCGAGAUGGUGUUCACCAUGGGCAAACUGACAACUCUUGUUGGCCAAACUCAAGUGAAAGGCAUCAGUCCCUAUAAGAAGUCAGGUUUACGCAAGACAACAUUCUUCAGAGAUUUGUUUACGAACAUGAUGAAUGGAAUGAAAGAGCUACACAACAAGUGGCGUAAUCACACAUUAAAGGGCGGCAAUGGUUUUUGGGGAAAUAAAAAUUUUGGAGACGGCAAAAACACUGACAAUACAGGGAAAACCCAACCAAACGGUAACAUUCAAGCAGCUCACGAUGACGUCAAUGACGAAGAGGAUGCUGGGAGUGUGCAGGAGCCUGCAUACAACGACGGCAAAACCAACACACAAUAUGGCAGCGGGAAGAAGUCGACAUGGGGCCAAAAUGGAGGCAACAAACAGAACUGGCUACCUAAAAACACAGCUGGGCAGGCGCAGACAAGUAACACCCCAGAUGGACAAAACCCGCACAAUGGGGGCGGGCAUUUCCCGAGCCACACGGAAGAACAUCAGAAGAAAAUGGACAUGUUCAAACACAUCAUGGGAAACUUUUCCGCCAUGCUGGUUGAGAUGGGUAACCUGACAAGUUUGGUCUCUAAAAGACAAAUGGACAUGAAAACACUUCGGGAACAGAAGAGAAAUAGCAAAGGAUCGACCCCAACUCCCAAAGUAAACAACAACGAAUGGAAAGUGAUGAGGAAAGCGCACCUUCCUGAAAUCUUUGAGGCGAUGGGAAAACUUUCCACUCUCCUGGAUGGGAGUCAAAAGGAGCUGUUUGCUUGGGAGCAGAUGAGAGCUUCACUUAAAGAAAAGAAGGAGAGCUCAACAGCAGCUAUGACACCAUAUUGACAAGACUAAAACAGUUUCGGACUAAUAUCAGAUGAAAUUUUAAAUUUGAAAAAGUAUAUACAAAUUAUUGAUACAAAAAGUUUAAUUAAAGUUCAAGAACGAUAA